CCCCCUUCAGCUGCCCACAUUUUCAUUUCCUUUCAAACCCCCCCUUUUCUUAGCCGCAUUUCUGGAGCCGCUCAAUACGCGGAUCCUUCUCUCUUGCAAUCGAAGGGAGGACAUGAUGAUCGAUCGUUCACAACACCCUAGUGUUUCUCAGAAGCUAGGUCUCUAUGGAGCUAGCAUGACCCAUGUUCGCGCUAGUGGUGUUCAGCAACCACAAGCCUACCAGAGGCAGUUCCAAUAUGGAAAUUACUCAAGUGCUGCAUUCCAAUUCCCAACUCAAGCUUCAGCCGAGCUUUCCAUGAUCGUGCCAAAAAUGUCGCCAAUCUGUGUUCAAGCCCCAUCCGAGAAAGGUCUUCAAGGAUUUGCCAUUGAUUUUCUCAUGGGUGGUGUCUCUGCUGCUGUGUCAAAGACAGCUGCUGCCCCCAUUGAGCGUGUCAAACUUCUGAUCCAGAAUCAGGGUGAGAUGCUCAAGUCUGGCAGACUUUCUGAACCAUACAAAGGUAUUGGUGAUUGUUUUGCCCGAACAAUCAAGGAUGAAGGGUUCGGUUCUCUCUGGAGAGGAAACACUGCUAAUGUCAUCCGUUACUUCCCAACUCAGGCCUUGAACUUUGCCUUUAAGGAUUACUUCAAGUCUCUUUUCAACUUCAAGAAGGACAGAGACGGUUACUGGAAGUGGUUUGCUGGAAACUUGGGAUCUGGAGGUGCAGCUGGUGCUUCUUCACUUCUUUUUGUGUACUCUCUUGAUUAUGCCAGAACCCGUUUGGCUAAUGACAACAAGUCUGCAAAGAAGGGAGGAGAGAGACAGUAUAAUGGUUUGGUUGAUGUGUACAAGAAGACACUGGCAACUGAUGGUAUUGCUGGACUUUACCGUGGUUUCAACAUUUCAUGUGUUGGAAUCAUUGUGUAUCGUGGUUUGUACUUCGGUUUGUAUGAUUCUUUGAAGCCAGUCAUUCUUACCGGAAAGAUGCAGGAUAGUUUCUUUGCUAGUUUUGCUCUUGGGUGGGUCAUCACCAAUGGUGCUGGACUUGCAUCAUACCCCAUUGAUACCGUCCGUAGAAGAAUGAUGAUGACGUCUGGUGAGGCUGUUAAGUACAAGAGUUCCUUUGAUGCAUUCUCUCAGAUCUUGAAGAACGAGGGAGCAAAGUCACUCUUCAAGGGUGCUGGUGCUAACAUCCUUCGUGCCAUUGCUGGUGCUGGUGUGCUUUCUGGUUACGACAAACUGCAGUUACUCGUCUUCGGUAAGAAGUACGGUUCAGGCGGCGGCUAAUAAAGCUUCAUCAGAGUUACUGCUCGAUGAUCCUUUUUUACUCCCCAAAUAGAUGGUGACGAAUCUUUUGAAGUUUUGAGGGUUUUCUUAUUUUGUGCAACAGGCUUGAAUAAUAAUUUUGUUUUGGAAGGGGGUCAGUAAGUUUUACUUUCCAGACAGUCCUUUUUAUCAUCGGAUUAUUCGUAAUAUUGUGAACUCUUUGAUUAGAGAGAGCAAGGCGUUAAUGCAUCGCCAGUACUGAUUUUUAAUAGGUUAUUGGAGUUUAAUUCAUACA